AUGUUUCAAUCGUUUCAAUUAAUAAUUUUUUUACUUUCACUAAUAUAUGCAAAAGAUGCAGUUGAAGUUUUACAAUUUGAAAAUUUCGGAUAUUCAGGAUCAUAUUCAAGAGUUGGUGAAUUAAAUAAUAUUUAUGAAGAUUCAUGUUCUUGUAAACUAGAUUCAACACCUAUUUCAUUUUCAGGUCCAAAUACUCCAUUAAAUGAAGAAGUUAGUGUACAUUUUAGAGGUCCUUUAAUAUUAAAUAAAUUUGCCUCAUAUGUUUCAGAUGGUUUUAAAUAUGGGGAUGAUAAUUCAGGAAAUUGGGAAAGAUUAAGUUAUUAUGAUGCUGAAGAACAAACUUCUGAAAAUGUUACAUUUUUAACUCGUGCUGGUAAAAAUUCAUCAUGUUUAGGUUUAGGUUUAACUUAUGCUGAUAAAGAUGGUUUAUCAAAAGCAAAUCAAUCAACUAUUUUAGCUAAAGAUACAUUAAUAAAUUCAAAUGAUGAAUAUGUAAUUUUUUCAAAUUUAACUUGUCAAUCAUCUGGUUUAAAUAAUGAUUGUGGAGUUUAUAGAAAUGAUAUACCAGCUUACAAGGGAUUUGCAGGAACAGUUAAAAUGUUUUUAUUUGAAUUUCAAAUGCCAAAUGAAACUCAUACAUCAAAUAAAAUUUCAAAUUAUAAUAUGCCUGCUAUAUGGUUAUUAAAUGCUCAAAUUCCAAGAACUGCUCAAUAUUCAAAUAAUGUAAAUUGUUCAUGUUGGAGAUCAGGUUGUGGAGAAUUUGAUAUUUUUGAAAUUAUGAAUACAACUGAAUAUUUAAAUUUAUAUAGUACUGUUCAUGAUUAUCAAGGAACUGAUCAAAUCGAAACUGGAUUAGCUAUAAGUGAUUAUAUUGAAAGAGAUUUAAUUGGAACUAUGGUUGGUGGAGUUGCAUUUGAUUCAAAUGGUGAUGUAAGUGUAUGGAUUUCAAAUUCAACAUCAUUUGAUUCAACAGUAAAUGCAUCAUCUGUUAAUUCUUGGAUUAAAAAUGUAAAAGAUUCAGCUGCUACUACAUUAGCAUCAGCUUCAUUAGCUAGUACUACAGGAGGAGGAAGUUCAAGUAAAAAAGGUGAUGGUAUAAGUUAUCAACCUUCAAUUUUAUUAAACAUUAUGGCAAUAUUGACAAUGUGGGUUUUAUAA